CCUUUAAAUGUCCCGCGGAUCCAGUACGUUCCACGCUCCAAUCCCCUGCUCUCUCUCUCUCUCUCUCUCCACGUCCACAUGGGCACGGCUUGGCCAAUUUCCUCCGGAAAAUGGCCGAGAAAAACUGCCGAGGUCCUUGUUUCAGCCAUAAGUUGGGUUGUUUUCCUCGUCCUCGACUUCCUCGACACUGUUCUCUGCAUUUUCUUCAGAAUCGCAGAUGAAUACAUUGAAGGAAACGCCAGGGAGUGUUACUGCCACAGCAGGGGAGAGAAAGGAACGAGUGUCAUGAGCGAUGAGAGAGAAAGUGAAGUUUCAGAGACUCUUUAUGGGAGGAAAAACCUGUUCAGGGAAAUCGGUUUUCUUGGAUUUCCAAGAAAGUUGGAGGGGUUGCAGGAAAAUGGAGGUGGGAAGGGGGUGGUGGGGAGUAGGUGGUCCGACUGUGGGUGUGAGUCUUGUGUUUCUUGGAUGAGCAAUGGUGAUCAGAGGCUUCAUGUUGUUGUGAAAGAACCAUCAAAAGCUACAUUUGGACAUGGUUGCAGUGAAAGGCCAGCAGAAAAUGUGAUAUUCUUACAUGGCUUCCUCUCCUCCUCCUCACUUUGGACAGAAAUGGUGUUUCCUUGCCUAUCCGAGUCCACAAACCGUAAUUACCGAUUAUUUGCGGUGGACCUCUUAGGCUUUGGAAGAAGCCCAAAGCCAAGAGACUGUUUAUACACUCUGAGGGAUCACUUGGAAAUGAUUGAGGAAUCAGUCAUCAGUCCUAAUGAGUUGGGUUCUUUCCAUUUGGUUUCACAUUCCAUGGGUUCUGUAAUUGCACUGGCAUUGGCUGCAAAGUACUCCAAGUCUGUAAAAUCUAUCACCCUUAUAGCACCGCCUUAUUUCCCUUCUCCUAGAGAUGAUGCCAGUUUGACAGCACUAGGAAGGCUUGCAGAAAGGAAAAUUUGGCCACCAUUGUCAUUUGGAUCAGCAGUUAUGUCAUGGUAUGAGCAUUUGAGUCGAUGUGUAUGUUUCCUCAUCUGUCGGAACCAUAGGGCAUGGGAGUGGAUUCUCAAGCUACUAGCUAGAAAAAGGGAUUUACACUUCCUGGUCUUGGACUUGGCAAGACACACUCAUCAGUCAGCAUGGCACUCCAUGCAUAAUGUGAUAUGCGGCGGUGCAAAAUCAAUGGACAAGUAUUUGGACGCUUUGAAUGGUUCUGGAGCAAAGGUCCACAUCAUGCACGGUACUCAGGACCAGUUAGUUCCUCCGGAAUGCAGCUUUAGCAUCAAGAUGAAAGUUCCUCACACACAGCUUAACAUUCUUCCCAAUGCUGACCAUAUAACUGUAAUUCUCGACAGAGAGAAGCAUUUUACUCGGGAUUUAGAGCGUAUAUGGGCAUCAGCAUCUGGUGUUAGGAUAGGAGAAUAAUGUUAGGAUAGGAGAAUAAUGUACUUGAAGCCUAUAUAUUCGGUUCAAUGGAGUCAAAGUUGAUAUGGAAUGGAAUUGAAGACCGGAAUAAAACCGAAUGGAAUAAAGCCGGAAUGGUCAUUCUUAUUCCUAUGUUUGGUUGUGCCUAGGAAUCACUAUGUUGGAUGAAAACCGAAACCCAGGAAAGGGAACAUCUCUCUCAUGUGUGUAUCAGCAUGCUGGACGGAUAAGUUAUUUCCUGAGCAUUUAACUCCCGUCCUUCUCGUCUUCCAUCCUAUGCAUAACGGCUUGUAUUUUCUCAACAUUUCAUACACAUAAAGAUACAUACGUGAAUACAAAACAAAAUGUCAGUAUGUUCAAUAUUGAUUCUCGUCUUCGAUUGGAACU